GCAGGUGCCGGCUAGGAGCCUGGGGCGCCCCGCCCGCCCCGCCCGGCGCCGCCGCUCGCUACGUCAUCACCGCGCGCCGCCUCGCGGGGAAACCCACCCCGCCCCCAGGCUCGUGACCCGGGCGGUUCUCGGCCGCGCGCGCAGGGCCAAGCCCUCAUGCCUGAGCCGGAGACUUCAACACAGAACCUUCGGGGUGGCUCUAGGACUAGCCAGCUGAGAAUCACGGCAGAAUACGGGCUUUAGCACACACCCGCCCGGUCGGGCUCUCCCGGGAAAGAGCUGCGGGAGAGGCUACUUACUGUCCAGCGGCCAGAGAGCUGGGGCUCCCGGAGCGAGCUCAGGGGACGGCGGUUUGCUGGGUUUGCCGGCUUUACUCCCUCUCCUGAAGUGCAGAGAGGCCUGGAGGGGCUCCUGGCCCCACAGGGCCUGCUGAGAAGGGAAGCAUCACUUUCAGGCUGAAUGAGCCCCAAGCCCGGGACACCGGGGACGGAGAACUCAGCCUCCUCCCACAUCCGGCUUCUGUGGACUGGGGAGCCAGCUGAAUGGUCCCUGCUGGAGAGAGAGCAGCCCUGCCGCAAAAGAAAACCCCGAUAAAGAGAAUGCAGGGGCCCGGAGAGUAAAUGGCUGCCCCCGUGUCCACCGAGAAGCCGGCGUCUUGGUGGAAUUAUUUUUUCCUUUAUGAUGGCUCCAAGGUAAAGGAAGAAGGAGACCCCACAAGAGCUGGCAUUUGUUAUUUCUACCCAUCGGAGACCCUGCUCGACCAACAGGAGCUGCUCUGUGGGCAGAUCGCGGGCGUUGUCCACUGCGUCUCGGACAUUUCCGGCUCACCCCCCACUCUCAUUCGCCUGCGGAAGCUGAAGUUCGCCGUGAGAAUGGACGGGGACUACCUGUGGGUGCUGGGCUGUGCUGCAGAGCUCCCGGAUGUCAGCUGCCGGCAGUUCCUGGAGCAGCUCAUUGGAUUCUUCCACUUCUACCAUGGACCCGUUUCUCUGGCGUACCAGAGCCGGUCUCGGGAGGAGCUGGGCGCCGCGUGGGAGGCCGCCAUCGAGCAGAUUCUGAGCCACAGCGGUGACCUGGACAGGAUCUUCAGUUCCGUCUGGACCCUCGACCCCACCAAGGUGGAGCCGCUGCUGCUGCUGAAGGCGGCCCUCAUCCUGCAGGCCUGCCAGUGCUGCACGCAUGUCCGCGCCGGCUGCAUCCUCUACCAGGGCCUGACCGUCAGCACCCAGCUCACGCCCUCCCUCACGGCCAAGGUCCUGCUGCGCCGGGAGCAGGGACCACCCCCAGGAGGGGCUGCAGUGCAGGAAGGCGGGGAGCGUCUCCCCCGCCACGUCCGCAUCGUGCCUGUGUUCCUGACGGAGGCAGAAGCCGCCAGUCUCCAGGACUUCCCCGGGGAGCCCGGGACCAGCUCUCCUGCACCCGCAGCCUCCCCCCAGGAGCACCCGGCCCAGCACCCGCCCGGCGAGAAGUCCGUCCCGAGGGAGACAGCCGCUGCCUGCACACUCGCGACUCCCCCCCAGCCCCCCGCCCUGGGUACGGCUCAGCCGAGGAGCGACGGGGAGAACGGCCUGUGCGGUCCCCAGCCCACAGGGGUGCUCGGCUGCCCCUUGGCCGAGAAACCGGGCUUGUCUGCAGACGACGGGGAGCAGGAGCUGUCCGGAGCCCACGUUCCCGAGGCUCAGAACCGGGCCCCCUCCUCGGGUCAUUGUCCCGUCCCAGGCAUGAGCGCCCCGGAGGCGGAGAGCCCCGGCCUCGAGGAUCCUGUCGGCGGUGACCGCGGCGGUCUGGAACUCGGGCCGCCCCCGCCGGAGACCCUCUCCCGGGACGGAGCCCCUCCCUCCAGGAGUGGCCGGGCCCCUGUUCCCACAGAAGAGCCCCUUCCCCCGGGGUCGCGUGGCCGUCUGUCAUCUGCUGAUCGGCUCUUGGGGCCGGGUGGCGAGGCGCAGGGGGCAGGCGCGGCUGCCGCCAGCCCCGCGGACCCGGGAGGCAGCGCCCCGGCAGGGAAGAGCGAGGCGAGGCAGAAGGCCGCGCGCCCCGGGGCGCUGGUGCCCAUGUGCCUGUACACGCACUCCGUGAAGGGCCUGCUGCUGGCCCUGCUGGCCGCCGAGCCGCUGCAGGAGGACGCGGCCGCCGUCCAGGAGGUGUACCACAGCAGCCUGGCGUCCCUGAAUGGGCUGGAGGUCCACCUGAAGGAGACCCUGCCCGCCGCCAGGACGGCCGCCCCCGGCAGAGCCUACAACUUCGCGCACUACGACCGCGUUCAGAACGUGCUGACGGCCAGUCAGCUGCAGGCGGCCACCCCCCAGGACCGCCGCUUCCUCCAGGCCGUCAGCCUGAUGCACUCGGACUUCGCCCAGCUGCCCACACUGUCCGAGAUAACCGUGAGGAACGCCUCCACCGCCGUGUACGCCUGCUGCAGCCCCGCGCAGGAGACCUACUUCCAGCCGCUGGUGGCCGCCACCCGGAGCUCCGGCUUCCCCAGCGCGCAGGACGGCGCCUUCAGCCUCCCGGGCAAGGCCCGGCAGCGGCUGCUGAAGCACGGGGUGAACUUGCUGUGAGCCCGGCCCGGGAGGAAGCAGCGUCGAGAGUCCGUCUCUCUGCGUGGGGCCAGGAGGGGGUCACUGCUCAGCACGGGGUAAGGGACACCGUCGGGGGCCUCGUGGGGACUGGAAAAGGCACCCGGGCUC